CGUAUUUGUUUCUUUAUCGAUAAACUCGACCUGUGGACCUAAUCACUCAGCCGCGCCAAGAAUCUGAAGAUCCUGGCUUUGCAACGGCUGAUUCGCGAAAUCAUUUCCAAGAGCCUCGGAAGAAAGAAGCAUCCCACCAGCCAGCAAAACCAACUUAAACUUCCCUUUCUAAACUAUUAUACCGCCAUAAAGAUUCAGUCAGAUACCUAAGAUUUGAAUUAGCUCAAGAUGCCGCCUGUUCCAACAACCCGCGGCCCUCAAGGCCCCUCCACCGUUGACAAGCUUAAGAUGGGAGCUAUGAUGGGCGGUACUGUUGGCGUUAUUAUCGGUUUCAUUUUCGGAACUGUGAACAUAUUUAGAUACGGCGCCGGACAGCACGGUAUCAUGCGAACUUUAGGUCAAUAUAUGUUAGGAUCUGGCGCUACAUUUGGCUUCUUCAUGUCGAUUGGAAGUGUUAUCAGAACUGACGCGUCGCCCAUCGCCGUCGAAGCAUUUGCGCGAGCACAACGACGACCUUUUAUCAUGUCCCCCCAAUCAAGCACGUAUCGACCACGAAGUCAAUAGAACUUUGCCCACCUCAUAGUACCGCCGCGGAGCUUGGGCUGAGGAUAAGACCUUACGAAAAGUUAGCGUCCGAUUCUUUGCAGCUUCGAUUUUUAUAGUUCUGCAGAAAAGUCGUAUCAACAGCUAAGACAUACCAAAUUCAUCGACUAAAGAAUUUCUAUCAUCAAGGAUGCUAGACUGGACGGAAACUAUGGGUCGAUCUGAUAUUGAGCUUCUACUAGCCACACCAGCUGGGAAGUUGUAAUAUAUCGAAUCUUGUAUAUAUACUAAUUAUGACAGCUCUGAGACUCAGAGAAAUGUCAAGCAA